AACAGUCAUCUCUAAUCCAACAACAACAACCGAACCUCUCUUCUCCGAUUUGACACAUCACAGACAUGUACUAUCAUUUUAUACAAUUUAAACACUCUCUUUCAUUUCACAAAUUUUUCUAUCUUUUCCAUCAAAAACAAUACCAAACAAAACAAAAACAAAUUUAAUUCUCUCUCCCGCAGUUUCGCCGCAUGGCAGCGCCGAAGCCGCAUAGAACGACGUCGUUAAGGGACAACUCCGAUAGUAAGAUGGAAGGCAGCGGUGGCUGGGACGAUACUCUCGAUUGGCUCAAACUUGAUGAACAGCAUCCUGUAAAUCGGUCAGUUUCGUAUCGUGCUAAUUACAAGUGUUUGCUCGAGGCUGAGCAUGUCAUCGAAGAGGGACGUGGUGUGGUGCUUAUAAAUACUGAUGAGGCUGGUACACUGCUGGUAACAAAUUUUCGUCUUAUUUUUAUGAGUGAAGGGACUGAAAAUGUAAUUGCACUCGGUACAAUUCCAUUGGCAACAAUUGAGAAGUUUAGCAAAAUGGCUGUGAAGAAUCAAUCUGCUCCUCGUCAAUCUGACAAGAGUCCAUCACGGCGACUUCUCCAGAUUAUUGGCAAAGAUAUGAGAAUUGUUGUGUUUGGUUUCCGCUCUAAAACAAGACAGAGACGUGGUAUAUUUGAUGCAUUGCUGAAGUGUAUAAAGCCUUCAAGAUUCUGGGAUUUAUAUGCAUUUGCUUGUGGACCUUCCAGAUUCAGCAGUGUUAACCCAAAAGUGCGACUGUUGAAUGAGUAUUUUCGCCUUCUAGGGAAAGGCUCCCUUAGUGCGUCAAUGGAUAUGAUUGAAAAUGGAUCUUAUACAGUGUCAAAUGAAUUGUGGAGAAUCAGCACUGUAAAUUGCAAUUAUACAAUGUGUCAGACUUAUCCGUUUGCGUUGAUUGUUCCAAAAUCCAUUAGUGAUGAAGAAGUGCUCCAGGCAUCCAAUUUUCGUGCCAAGUGUAGGUUGCCAAUAGUUACAUGGUGUCAUCCUGGAACUGGAGCAGUCCUUGCACGUUCAUCCCAACCUUUAGUUGGUCUUAUGAUGAAUAUGAGGAGCAACACAGAUGAAAAGCUUGUUGCUGCACUUUGCUCUCAACUUGGCGGUGCAAGGGGGAGAAGGAAGUUGUAUAUUGCAGAUGCAAGACCCAGGAAAAAUGCUUUAGCAAAUGUAGCAACAGGAGGUGGCUCGGAGUCAUCUUCUAAUUAUUUUCAGUCUGAGGUAGUAUUCUUUGGGAUAGACAACAUUCAUGCAAUGAGAGAGAGUCUCUCUCGGCUUAGAGACUAUGUAGAUACUUAUGGCACUACUUCAUCAGAUGGGAUAUCAUCAUUCUUGAGACAUGGUAGUUGGAGCUGGGGAGGGGGAAAUCUCAGCAGUAUGUCUGCUUCUGUGUCGACCCUUGGUGACACUGGUUGGUUGAUACAUGUUCAAAGUGUCUUGGCUGGUUCAGCUUGGAUGGCUGCACGUGUUGCUCUGGAAUCAGCAUCAGUGCUUGUACAUUGCAGUGAUGGUUGGGAUAGAACUACUCAAUUGGUUUCACUUGCUAAUUUGUUGCUUGACCCAUACUACCGAACAUUCGCUGGAUUCCAGGCACUUAUUGAAAAGGAUUGGCUAGCAUUUGGACAUCCAUUUGCAGAUCGUUUGGGAAUUCCGACUGUAUCUAGCAGUAGCAAUACACCAAUUGAAUUAUCUCGCCAGUCUUCUGCCGGGAGUUUUGCAUCAUCACCUGGGCGCCAAUCAGCUGGACCAUUCACAUCUCAAACUCCUAAUUCUUCUCAUGCACAGAAUAAUUGUUCUCCAAUAAUAUUGCAGUGGGUGGAUUGCGUCUCACAGUUAAUGCGAAUGUAUCCAGUUGCUUUUGAAUUCUCCUCGGCUUUCCUGGUGGAUUUGAUGGACUGUGUACUUUCAUGUCGUUUUGGAAACUUCUUUUGCAACAGUGAAAAGGAGAGGCAACAAGUUGGUAUCUCUGAAGCUUGUGGAUGUUUGUGGGCUUAUUUAGCAGAUAUGCGCUUUUCGGAAGGAAGAUCUCAUGCACACUAUAACCUUUUCUAUGAUGCACAGAAACAUGAUGGUCCAUUGUUGCCACCAGCAGCAGCUUUAGCGCCAACAUUAUGGCCACAAUUCCAUCUCCGAUGGGCUUGUCCUUCAGAAGCCCAAUCUGGGGAGCUUGAAGCUCAAUUUAGGAACAUGUCUGCAAAGUUUUCUGAACUACAGAAGGCAAGAGAAGUGGCUGAAAGGAAGGCUAGAGAAAUUACAAUCUCCAUGGAAUCUUUAUCUGCGGAAUUACGGAAUGAGAAAGAGGUCAGUAGCUCUGCUAUGGCCUUGGCCAAGAAAGCCAGCAAGGAAAGUGUAGCCAUAAGGAGAGCCGUCGAGUCACUGGGAUGCAAAGUUCACUUCGCUAAUGAUGGUGAUACUUCUGUAGAUGUCGAAAACAUUUCAAUAAACUCUUCGCAAAAUAUUAUGCAUUCUUCUUCAAAAAGAGAAUCGGAUGGUACUGUGGCGCAGGAUGACAAGUCGGAUCUUUCGGUUUCAAUUACAGUAUUGGCAGAUGAUGCAGCUUCUGACAACCCUAUUGGUCGAGUAUGUGAACGUUUAUGCCCAUUACGCACAAGAGAUGGAGGCUGCCGAUGGCCUGAAGCUGGAUGUGCUCAACUUAGCAGUCAGUUUGUUGGACUAAAAGCAAACUAUGAUGCUUUUGAUCGUCUUUCAAUUCUUGAUAGUUAUUUUGAAACAGAAUAAGUACUCUGCCUCAUUUUUGUCUGGGCGUGAGGCAUAAAGUUUUGUCGAUAGUUGAUUUAGGUUAGCCCUGAAGAGAGAACGAUUAAGAUUGAUCAUAUCGUUUUAGCGGAAGGAGUUAAGAAGCUUAUUAACGAUCACAAGCAGGUUCAAGUUCUCAUCUAAUAGGAAAUUAAGAUAGACCCUGAUAUUUUGUACGGGUUGCAGUAUUGUUCUUAUAGAGAAUUUAGAAUUAGCUGUAAAGCAUCUUUAGAUUUAAUCAGUCCCCGGUAGUCGAAAGAAAGAGUCCCCGGAGUUAUACUGAAGGUGAUUUUCUUACUGGCGGUGCAGGUUUUUAAUCCUGUUGUAUCUGAGUAGCAUACUGUGAUUCAUUAUAUUUUUCAAAAAUAAGGUUAGAUGUUGUACAGUGGCUAAAUUGAUUCAUAAGUUUACAUUCUUUGUAUACCAAGAAUUAAAUAAAUAUACGAUGAAUCUCUUCUAUUGCCCUCGA